AUGCCGUUAAUUCCAGAAAUACCCGAGUCAUCUCGACCACUUGCAGAUUACUUCUGGAUUGCCGGUCUCGACAGCCAGCAAUUGGUAGAUGCCCUCUCUCAGCCGCGAUGGUCCCAGGAUCAUCUCGAGACUAAUGGCGUCGACUUUUCCAUCAAAGAAGAGACGCCUGCCGACAAUGAGCAGUCGUCCAUCCUCCCGUCUCCUCGAGACUCGAUUGGCCAUUCUAGACAUGACUCCUACCAGAGACUCUCGCAGCUCUCUGAUGAGGCCAGGGAGACCAUUCAGAGUCUUCACGAGGCACCGAGGCCUCGCAGCAAUCGGAGCAGUCUCACCAUUCGAGCGGCCGCUCCCCCGGCACCCGAAGCUCGAAUGUCCUCAUUGAUAUCAGAAGCCGAUUUCGAGAAGGCAAUGAGCAAGUUCGCCACUGAUCGAGACGCCUUCUACCUGGACUUGACGUUCCAUCCGAAUGAAAACACCAAGCCCGCUCGGUCCAAGUCGCGGCCCAAGACUCAGAAGAUCACUGCUCAAGAUGAGACCAGCCCGAGCCCUAACCGCAACUUUGGGAGCAUCCGCAGACAUCUUUCCUUCAAAGACAUGUCCAGCACGAAACGCCAACCGUCCAUGGCUCGACGGGUGUCGACGCGCACAUCUCGUAGGAUGAGCAGUUACAACUCAGUCAUCCCCAGCCCAGAGACCUUCCACAGUUCCCCUGACCAGUAUCCCCUGAUGCGAAAAUACGAACCCGUGUUACUGGAAAGGUUUCCUCGACCUGGCACCUUCGACAAAGCUCAGAGCAGAGCACCAUUUCCAGACUAUGUGCCCAUGUUUGCUUUCCCUAAUGACAUCAAGAUAGUAGCCGCCGAGACCAAACCAAGGUCAAUCUGGCACGAAUUCUCCAUGACUGCAGCAGACAACUCUAGACUGACGGCGGUGACGGUUAUUAUGUGGAUUCCGGUGAACCGCGAUCUUGCCGCCGACUUAGAAAAGAGGUGUGAGCAAUGGAAAAAAGCUCAUAUGUCGGAGGCUGAGCGGGAAAUGGCGAUUUCGCUUGCAGAGAGAUUGGCGGCAGAAAGUGCAAAAUUGUCUAGGUUACUAACACGUUUGCCUGAACUCUCACCGGACUCGGCGGAAAGAGAGUCCUUGGAAGAUGAAAUAGGCGCAGUCGAAGAGAGAAUCGCUGUAAUGUCCGACAUGCUCAGACCAUUGCGGCACAGUUCAGAAUCAGACAUCCAAGGCCUUACUGGUGGCGAAACUCGUUUCUGGAUCCCAAGAGCUUAUGGAAUCUUGGGAAAGGACAAGUCCAUGGCAAAUUUCUGGCGGCAGUGGCUUCGAGCGGUUGUUGUUCCCAUGACUGAUGGAGGAGUCUUGCGAGUGCCGGCUAGCUCUCCUAAAGUCGGCAUGUGGCAGCCAUUGGAGAGAUACGUUGCAGCGUUGUGUCUCGAAGCACCCAGUCCAGUAUCGUCCAGGACCCAAGUCCAACUGCCGAUUCGAGAGCUCCAACUAUAUGCCAAAAAGGAAGCGCCAAAUGAGCUCCCUGGCAGCAGGACCACCGAUCUCUACCCUCUCUUCCGGGCUCUCACCAUUCCCAACAUUAUCCUUCUUCUUGAGUACGUCUUAUCCGAAUCCAGGAUCAUUCUCCUCUCAGCCCACGUCGCGAUGCUGCAGUUAGUCAGCAAAGCCAUUUUGGAACUUAUUUGGCCCUUCGAAUGGACAGGAAUCUACAUACCCGUGCUGCCGUCACGUUUGGUUCAAGCAUUGGAUGCGCCUUGCCCCUACAUCUGCGGCAUCGAUCGCAACUACGAGAAAUACGACCUUCCUGAUGAUGAUUAUGUUUUGGUCGAUUUGGAUAAGAAUGAGUUGCACAGUACGGCUCCGCCGCCGUUCCUGCCGAAACAGCACCGGAGAAAGUUGAUGUCUCUGCUUUACCAAGCAGCGCCAUUGCACCAAAGUUUUGGAGUGACUCCCGGACCCCCAGCUUACGCAGUGGAGACAUACCCGUACGAUGCCUUUACUGCAGAACUCGAGUCUACCUUUACCGCGGUCACCAAAUCCACGAACCUUGAUAAACUCGCGAGCCUCAGCUCUACUACAUUCGGCCCACAAGCCGCUACCGACACCAUUCGACGUUCCCCACUGCUGAACGUUUUUCUUGCUUCCACGCCAACAAGAGGAAAGAGCACUGAUCGUCCCAGAACAUCGUCCACAGCCAGACACUCUACAUUCACAGAUUCUGAUAAUCAGUCUCCCAUCACUCCCAACUUCUCUAUGACGCCUGGUUCUGGACCGUCACGAACCGACUCGGGGUACGCUCUUCAAACUUCUCUCAGGGAGAAGAGAUCCGGUCAUUUCGACUCCUUGUCGAAAAGAAGCUUCUCUGGGUCUACCCACAUGAUUCGUAAAGCAAGCCUUCCGUUUGUGAAACAUAAUGCAAGUCCUUCCUCGAGCACUACGCUGUCAGACAAUCGGAAUGGGUCAACGUAUGCACCUUCUACGUACGCACAGUCGACGCUGGCGGCCUCUACAAUCAUGCCUGGAAUGCAUACCCAACCCGUGCGGAAUGGCGAAGGUACUCAUUGGUCAGAGGGCCAUUGUCUGCAAUGGAGAGCAGCGGAUGGCCCAUCUACCUGUCUCCUCUGCGACGAAAAGGCACCAGAUGGAUACUAUAGAUGUUCAGGCUGUGGUUUCGUCAUUCACGAUCGCUGUGUUCCAAAUAUUUCUGUCGUCUGCUCUGCAGCCUUCUACCCUGACCAGAUCCGCGCCGCUUUUGUGCGAUGCAUGGCCAGCUUGUUGUAUACCUACCGGAAAUUCUUGCAACCUGCACCUCCACAGAAAAAGAAGCUUGGGGCGGUGUAUUCCUUUGACCAAGACGCUUUCGCUCGGAGUCUAGCUCCUGACCAUGCUGCAUACAUGGGGAUGCUGCAACAGACUCAAGCUUGGAACGAGUUCAUCAUGGACCGUGAAGAGACAACGUCAACUCCCUCAAUAGCCCUGUUCGACGCUAUCAUCAUGGCAAAACGACGACGAGCGGGAUUACGGUCGAGUCUUCCCAGUCUCAGUCUCAAUAGGAAAAGCUUCAUGGUGCGGCCGCCUUCUGGAGGUAUGCAAACCGACAUACUCUCGGAUGCGUCCCAACAUCAAUGGAAGAUAGUGCCAGUACCAUCCAGCGCAGAUCGGCCGGAGCUGGGUGCUGCGGCCAAGGGACGUGACUAUCAUACUAUUGUCACGCGAACUCCAGCGAAGCUGGAAGACGGGUUAUUCAAGCAAGAUGAAACGGUUCCGAAUUUGCCUACGAUUCCCAAGAAGUCGAGGAUCAGCAUGCUGACCGGUAAAAUGAAUGGUCUCAACAUGCACGCCCCGUGA